GCCGGGCGGGCGGGCCGGUUGCUAAGAUCUCGUGAAGCGCUGCGCUGAUCCGGGCCGUCUCUUUCAGGUGGGCCGUGGCUUCAGCCCCACGCCGUGUUGGCCACUGCGACCAUGUCAGAGAAGGAGAACAACUUCCCGCCACUGCCCAAGUUCAUCCCGCUGAAGCCCUGCUUCUACCAGAACUUCUCCGAUGAGAUCCCCGUGGAGCACCAGGUCCUGGUGAAGCGCAUCUACCGCCUGUGGAUGUUUUACUGUGCUACCCUGGGGGUGAACCUGGUGGCUUGCCUGGCUUGGUGGAUCGGUGGCGGCUACGGGGCCAACUUUGGCCUGGCCUUCCUGUGGCUGCUGCUCUUCUCGCCUUGUGCCUACGUGUGCUGGUUCCGACCCGUCUACAAGGCCUUCCGGGCCGACAGCUCUUUUAACUUCAUGGCAUUUUUCUUCAUCUUCGGGGCCCAGUUCGUCCUCACAGUUCUCCAGGCCAUCGGCUUCUCCAACUGGGGCGCAUGUGGCUGGCUGGCCGCGAUCAGCUUCUUCCAGAGCAACGUCGGGGCCGCUGUGGUCAUGCUGCUGCCGGCCAUCAUGUUCUCCAUGUCGGCCGCCAUGAUAGCCAUCUCGCUCGUGAAGGUACACAGGAUCUACCGAGGGGCAGGCGGAAGCCUCCAGAAGGCGCAGACAGAGUGGAACUCAGGCACGUGGCGGAACCCACCAUCCCGAGAGGCCCAGUACAACAACUUCUCUGGGAACAGCCUGCCAGAGUACCCCACUGUGCCCAGUUACCCAGGCAGCAGUGGCCAGUGGCCCUGAGGGAGCUGGCUAUUCGGCCCUGCCCCCCACUUCACUGCCAACACAACACUCCUAGGAGGUGGGCUGGUGGGGUCAUGCUGUCUUAGGGUAGGGUGGACUCUUCUGCCAGGCCUGGGGCCACACCACGUUCAUCUCGUUCCCGAGAGCCGAUUCAGCUCAGCACUGCCUCAGAUGCCCAGUCUGCGCUGUCCAGCAGGGGCCCAUGGCUCCUCCCCAUAAAGUCCACCCAUAGUCCUGUGUGUCCCCCUCAAGGUCCAUUGGGACCCCUGCAGGGGAGGUGACAGAAGGCAGGCCUUUGUCCCCUCUGCAGCUGUAAGAUGCCCCACCUCCACGCCCACCACUGUGCUCUGCAGAGCAGCUCCCUGUGGGUAGCAGAGGGUGUGUUUGGUAGUCUGCUAUUGUCCCCUUGGUCCCCUCUGCCCGCAGCUAGAGCGUCAGUGUGGACUGGCCCUGAGGCUGGUGGGAACACCUUCUCCCCUCCGUCUGGCCAUCUCUCGACCCGCUGCCAGGCCCCUGCCCAGCACUCUUGCAACACUUUCUUUUCGACCCGGAUAACUGAAGGACUGUAGGAUUGGGGAUCUCAAACCAGGAUCCUCCUGGAUCCUGAUUCAUGGUAGAUCCACUCAUGGAGGAGCAAAGCAAGUGGUUGGGGCCAGGGUGGGGCAGCCCCUCCUCCCAGUGUGAGUCCUGGAAAGACAGGAGGGCCUGGCUCGGAGGAACAGACACGCUGUGGCCCCUUGGCCCUGCCGGACGGCUCCAUCCAUGGUCUGCAGGAAGCACAGGGCCUUGGGAACUCAUUUUCCAGUCUUGCGGCAGGAAACGGAAUUGAUGAAUUUGUGCCUUAUUGAAUCUAACCCCAGUGGGAAGUGCUGCACUUCUCAACUAACUGCCCAAACUCAUUCCAGGGGGUGUUGUGGACCUGAAGCCCCACUGGGCAUGGGGCAUGGGUGCCAGGGAACCCUGUUUCCCAGUAUAUCUGACAUGCCCGCUGAGCCUGCUACACCCCAUGCUCUAGUGCUGACCCUCAGCUCCUAAUUAUCUCUCCCAGUCCCCCCAAAUUGCCUUAUCCUCCCCCCCCCAUCCCCCCGCCUUGGGUUCCUAUAUAUGUCUUUCCCAGUGGCCACGUGUGCCAGCAGCCACUCGGCUUGCAGAGAUGGCUGGGGACACCACCACCACCACCCCUAGGCACAGCUGGGACACCUGGCUGCUGCCGCCUGCCUGAGUUGGGGGCCCACGUGGGAGAGGUGUCUGGGCGUAUUUUGCACCUUCAUUACUUUAUUUUGUUAUGUGAAAGUGCCCUGGGAAUGAAUAAAUCUUUCCAUCUCA